UGAUGGAGGGCUUUGAGCCCACACCCCCGACGCCCCUCCUCAGCCUCCAGCGCAGCCGUUCGGAGCGCCCAAAACGCUCGGUGAAGCGCAGAGUCGCGGCGAGGGCAUCGCGUGUACGGGACUGCACUGUAAAAGUAAUGUCACGUCAACGCGAAGGUUUUGCAGCCAAAGGAAGCUAAGAUCCUCCUUAAUAAAGAAAACUGCGCAGUUUCUGCAUCUGGGACGCGAAGACUAGGCUUCUCAGCCUUUCCUAUGGAAUGCGAGUCGCACUUGGACAAGUGUGGUUUCUUUGCUAAUCGGCAUGACUAAUAUAAAAAGUGUGGAAUAAUCUAAUUGUAAUCAGAAAAGAACAGAAAAUAAAGUCUUAGCCACUAAGAGUCCAUUUAGAGUGCUGCUGGUGUCCGCCAGCCGUCUCGUCUCCUUCUUUUCCGUGCUGACGGAGUUUCGCAGAUUAGAAUGGUGCGCAGUUACACCGUUUUCAGCAACAAAAACGCGGAAAAUACAAAACUGAGAAAAAACAGGAUGUUAUUCUCGAUCCUGAGGGCGACGCACGCAUUCGUGGUUUUGCUACUUGUGAUUACUGGUGGUGGUGCAGGAUCGUCUCUGCAGGUCCCCGAUGGCAGGGCCAGUCCUCUGUCCCUGGAGAAGAACACAGGCUGGCAUGUGAAGGACUUCCAGUGCCACCAAAUGCUGAAGCACCUCCACAACGGGGCCCGCGUCACUGUGCAGAUGCCCCCCAACAUCGAGGGCCACUGGGUGUCUACAAGCUGUGAGGUGAGGCCCGGUCCAGAGUUCAUCACUAGGUCUUACCAGUUUUACCAUAACAGUACAUUCAAGGCUUACCAGUUCUACUACCGGGACAACCACUGCAGCGUGCCCACCUACACGCUGGUAAUCCGGGGGAAGUUGCGUCUGCGCCAGGCCUCCUGGAUCAUCCGUGGGGGCACUGAAGCUGACUACCAGGUCCACCGCACCCAGCUGGUGUGUCACAGUGAGGCUGUGGCCAAGGAGCUCAGCCAGAGGCUAGGCCACAACUGCCAGAGUACGGCAGGGGCAGGCCCGGGGCCUUGGGAGCCCAACGUCAGCUACGACCUGUGGAAUGAGGCGUCAGGCUGCGACUGCUCAAGGGGCCUCAACUUCGCCAUGCAUGAGCUGCAACUACUGCGUGUGGAGAAGCACUACCUGCAUCACAAUCUGGACCACCUGGUGGAGGAGCUGUUCCUGGGCGACGUGCAUACUGAGCCGGGCCAGAGGAUGUACUACAGGCCCUCCAGCUACCAGACAGCCCUGCAGAACGCCAAGAACCAUGACCAGACGUGCAUCGCCUGCCGCAUCAUCGCUCGCUCAGAUGAGCAGCGGCCUCCCAUCCUGCCGCCGCGGGCUGACCUGGCGGUGGCGCUGCACGGCCAGUGGGUGAGCCAACGCUGUGAGGUCCGGCCUGAGGUGCUCUUCCUCACACGCCACUUCAUCUUCCAUGACAACAACAACACCUGGGAGGGCCACUACUACCACUACUCUGACCCUGUAUGCAAGCACCCCACCUUCAGCAUCUACGCUAGGGGGCGCUACAGCCGUGGUGUGCACUCCACCAGGGUCAUGGGUGGCACCGAGUUCGUCUUCAAAGUGAACCACAUGAAAGUGAGGCCCAUGGACCAGGCGACCACUUCGCUGCUCAACGUCUUCAAUGGGAACGAGUGUGGGGCGGAGGGCUCCUGGCAGUUGGGUGUGGAACAGGAUGUCACAGCGACCAGUGGCUGUGUGGCCCUGGGCAUCCGGCUGCCCCACACCGAGUACGAGCUCUUCCGUCUGGAGCAGGACCCACGCGGCCGCUACCUGCUGUACAACGGCCAGAGGCCCAGCGACGGCUCUAGCCCGGACCGGCCCGACAGGAGGGCCACCUCCUACCAGCUGCCUCUGGUGCAGUGUGCCACCAGUGGCCACAAGCCCAGCACUGCUGCAGAGGAUAUUGACCUGCCCCUGCGUCUCAGCAGCAAGUGCCUACAGUGCUUCACGGUUGCCACAGUACAAAUUGCACUCGCCCUCCUUUUCCCUCUCCUGCUCCUGGGCUAAGCCACACCCCCAUUCCUAUGCCCCUCACUGGGCUGAAAAGGAGAGGAAGAUCAUACUGAGUCACAGGGGAGGGGGCUGCAUUCUCAGAUGUGCUUAACUUGACGCACGUGAACGUAUUGGACGGUUCACUCUUCAGGAGGCUGAAGGAGAUGUGUCCUAUGAUGGCCAGCGCUUAUGCAUCACAGUAAAUGCACUUUAGCAGACCUGCUAAGGGUUUGUACAUAGUCUAGAGGGAAAAGCGUGUCACGCUCACUGGCAGGAACCCGCUACUGGCCGCUGAGACUAGUGGGAUGUGUCCAUAUGAAACAGUCCCUCCAUGCCGACUUAAAGCCAGCGGCUCUCGCUGUAGAACCAGAGAUGAACGCUCCCAGCCCUCAGCUGUAGCAUCUGUUUCUAAGCUUGACUCUGUAAUUAGAAAAUUAAAGUGGUUUAAUUACA